CACUCUGUGUGAGCCAAUCAGUUUGUGAUUAUGCGCUUUGGAAACAGACGUUAACUUCUUCAGAAGGGAUAGGAUAUUUUUUAUUUUGUUAAUUUGAUAUUUAAUGUGUCGAAUAAUAGCGUAAUGGACUGGAAAGAGGUUCUUAAAAACAGACUUUCUGCUUCUAAGAAAGUUGAAAAGAUGGAGGAAGAGAAGAAGGAGGAAGAGAUGGCACUGUUUACCAAGAAUUACAUGGAGUGGAAAGGGGGAGGAAAAAGAGAUUAUUCCUAUAACAAUAUACCAAGAUUUUACUACAGGCUGCCAGCUGAAGAUGAGGUUUUGCAACAGAAGUUACGUGAGGAAUCAAGAGCAGUCUUCCUCCAGAGGAAAAGUCGUGAGCUGCUGGAUAAUGAAGAAUUACAGAACCUGUGGUUCCUGCUGGACAAACACCAGACACCACCAAUGAUAGGGGAGGAAGCAAUGAUUAAUUAUGACAACUUCUUAAAAGUCGGGGAAAAAGCAGGAGCGAAAUGCAUGCAGUUCUUCACCGCCAGGGUUUUUGCCAAACUGUUACACAGCGACCCAUAUGGAAGGAUAUCAAUAAUGCAGUUCUUUAACUAUGUAAUGCGAAAAGUAUGGCUUCAUCAGACCAGGAUUGGCCUUAGCCUGUAUGAUGUUGCUGGCCAAGGCUAUCUCAGGGAGUCGGAUUUAGAGAAUUACAUUCUGGAGCUGAUUCCCACAUUGCCACAGCUAGAUGGCUUAGAGAAAUCCUUCUAUUCGUUUUAUGUCUGUACGGCUGUUCGUAAAUUCUUCUUCUUUCUGGAUCCUCUUCGGACAGGCAAGAUUAAAAUCCAGGAUAUUUUAGCCUGCAGUUUCCUGGAUGAUUUACUAGAGCUAAGAGAUGAGGAACUUUCUAAAGAGAGUCAAGAAUCAAACUGGUUUUCUGCUCCUUCAGCACUGCGUGUUUAUGGUCAGUAUUUAAAUCUAGACAAAGACCACAAUGGGAUGUUGAGCAAGGAGGAGCUGUCUCGCUAUGGCACAGGAACCUUCACCAAUGUCUUUCUUGACCAAGUCUAUCAGGAGUGCCUCACUUACGAUGGAGAGAUGGAUUACAAGACCUAUCUUGAUUUUGUGCUGGCUCUGGAGAACAGGAAAGAACCUGCUGCUCUCCAGUACAUUUUUAAGUUGCUGGACAUUGAAAACAAGGGCUACCUCAAUGUCUUCACACUCAACUACUUUUUCAGGGCCAUCCAGGAACAAAUGAAAUUACAUGGACAGGAGCAAGUAUCUUUCCAAGAUGUAAAGGAUGAAAUCUUUGACAUGGUGAAGCCCAAGGACCCUUGUAAGAUCACCCUUCAGGAUUUAGUGAACAGCAGCCAGGGAGACACUGUCACUAGUAUCCUCAUUGACCUAAAUGGCUUCUGGACCUAUGAAAACAGAGAAGUCCUUGUGGCUAAUGACAAUGACAGCAGUGCUGAUCUGGAUGAUACAUGAUAAACAUAUCAUCAACAUAUUUGUAACCAUCAAAUUGCAGAAGCAGACUAUCUCUCACCUCCCCAAACACCUGGUGCAUGCAACAAUUAGUGCACUUUAAAUACAAGAGCAAAAUCUACUGGCCAUUAUUUGGAUCACUCGUGACAAACAAGUGGCACCUUGGAACCAAGCAAGGAAAAUUGAUUACUGUAGCUUUGUAGCCUCUAGGGUUUGCCCCUGCCAUUUUAUUUAUGAACAUAUUCAAUUAACAAUGUCAUGGUUGUGCCUUUCUAAGCUGGACUCAACCUCCAAGGUUGUUCUAGUUGGUUGUUGCUGGAGAUCAGCUGUACAAGGGAAAACACUGCAAAUUACAUUAGCCUAUUAAUAUUUUAAUUACAUUCUCAGACAAUGACAUACAGUACAUAAAUACAGGUCUGAUUAAUAAAGUUUAUUAAGCUGUAUUAUAUACAAAAUAACAUACAAAACAUUUUUUGCUCAUUAUAAAAUCCUUCCCUUUUUAAACAUUUGCAUAAAUAAAUUAUAAAAUUGAUUUAUAGACAAAGGUAUCUGUCGUGGAUUCAAACAAAAAGUGCAAAACUGAUUCCAUAUGGUGUGUUAUUUUUAGUUUUUGUUAU